AGUCAUCUCUGUUAGCAGCUGUCUUUUUUUAGACAUAAAUGUCCGAGGAAGAGACGCGGUCGCCAUGCCCCAGUUCGAGGAGGUUCUGGACGGAGUGCGGCUGGCUCUGACCUGGGCCUCUCCUGCUGAGAUCCGAGCUCUGCUGGAGGGUUUGGUGAAGGAGCAGAUCAUCUCAGAGGCUUAUAGCAAGAGCUUGAGUCGCCACCAACUUACUGAUGGGAUUUCACCUACUGCAUGUAAACCAGGAUCUGAUAUGAUGAGUUCCAGAGGGUCUACUACCCACCAAGACCAAUAUCAACUCAGCCAGGUGAGGAACUGUGGGUCAUCAGAGUCUACAGAAUCUGACCACAACGAGAUCACAUCGGAGUCUGUGUCGCCAGUGGAUGAACAUGAUAGCACAUGGUCCAGGCCAAAAAAACAUCCUCUAUAUGAAUAUCAAGUCAUUCACGAGAAUAAUCCCAAACUAAUUCAGGAAUUGAGAGUGGGACCGCUGAUGGACAAACACUCUCUCAAUCACAGGCUCUCUUUUACACCGAGAGUAUGUGACUACCAAUGUGGGCUCAGAUUAGAUCAUGAAAUGACAGAACAGCUGCGCAGUGUAGAAUUAAUGGAGAAGCAGGCAAGUGAUAAUGAAAGAAUAGAUGAGGGGAAUUUGAAAUAUAAGAAGGAGUGGUUAGAGCAGGUAGAGGAGGCAGCUCGAAGGAUAGCUGUCCCUCUGUGGCAGCACUGGGAUAGAGGACAGAGGAUGUUGCUGCCCUUAGUUCCUGGUAUCACUGCUCGCUGUGCAACAAGUAAAAACAUAGUGACAGACAAUGAACCACAAUGCGCUGUUUUAGAUAUGGAAGAGGAAACAGAGCUUGCAAUUGCUUGCAGGACAUUAGAUUUGUACGCUGACAACUUUAAGUGUACCGAGGCAAUCGCAGACCCAAGCUUCACACUGGACACAGAAGGAGCCCAAAAAGGACUCUGUUUAUCUACAUUUGACAGCAUGCCGACAACUGGAUUGAACACGGAUCAUUUUAAUAUUUCUGGAGCAGGAAGAAAUGCCUUACCUGUUCAAGCCUGUGCAGCUACAGACACAAACAACAACAUCGCAGACAGGCUGGAAGGCGGUCUGGAUGCCUGCUGGUUAGCUGACAGGACAACAGACACAACAGACGACCUGCUCUGUUUGAUGAGAGAUGUACAAUGUGGCACAGAUGCAGAAUUUACAGAAGACACUGCACAUUUGUUUUCUCCCUGCACACCAACAGACACUCAUGCUGACGCACAAGAUCACUCGUUUCACUCUUAUGAGUAUAAAAAAGAUGAGAGGAUGGAGUUACACUGGGGUGCCAAGAUGCAGCACGUGGAUCAGGACCCAUUUAUCUGUCCUGACUUUGGAGUUCUACCAGAUGAUUUAUCUGAAUACUUGAAUGAAGAUUACUUUUCUGUGGACACAGAUGUGCUCUUUGACAGUCCAUUGUUGAAUUGUGAGGAAAUCAGCACCUGCACUGAUCUUCCCAUGCCAACAGAGCUGCUGUGCCCUGACAGCCAGCAGCAGGAAAAGAAGAAUGAAAUAACAGGGAAAACACUUAACAGGAGAAAAAGACCCAGAGCUCUCCGACCACAACGGUGCACCGAUGCGAAAAAAACAUCUAGGUCAAAAAGGCCAAGAACAGCAGGACGAUCAAAAACCAAAGUGGCUGAGCAGACUGUCACUCAAGGCACAGACAAAGGAUCACAGAGGAGUUCAGGAGAGUCCGUGGGCCUCUCCCCCACUCAACCAAUCCUUCAUAUCCAUCCCUCCAUUCAGUUUAUCACCAUCCCAGACUCUCCAGCGUAUCAGGUGGUUCAGACACUGAGGCUCUCUCCUCCAGUUAUUGGACUUCCACUCCCCAACACACCUGCUACACCUACGUUCAUAUUAGUUCCUGCUGCCUCGCCAACCUUCCAACGCCAAGUGCCACCCCUCUCCCCGAUGGGCGGUGCAGUAGCGCCAUUCCAAAUGAGUUCAUCCCCGCCAGGAUCUCUGUCAGACACCGCAAGUAAAGCCAUGUCUCACCUUUGUGCCUCACCCCUCUCCCCCAGCAAUGAAAUGUCUAUAUGUAAGGAAUCCCGUCUUCCUCCGUCUCCCACUGUCCUUGAUAUUCCAUCGGUUGUAAAGGACUACAUUCAGGAAGCCAAAGCACACAUGAGUCAAACCUGCCAGGAUAUGGAGUCAGACCUUGGCCUGGAUUCUCAUUAUGUGGAUGUGCAACUGAGCCGGAGAGAGAUUCUUCGCUCUGGAAAAAACACAAACAAAGAUUUGGACAAGGAGCUGGUCAUCAUGGGAGAUACAGAUCGUCAAAAAAGCUUGUUGGGGCCGAGUCAUAUUUUCGAAGGCUCCAAUGGCGACAAACCCAGACGCUACAUAAUGCUACUUGGCAAUGCUGGCCUUGGAAAAACCACCCUGAUCAGCAAACUGUGUCUCGACUGGUCCAGAGACUGCAUCCCACAGUUUGAUUUUGUCUUCUCUUUAGAUGGCAAAGCACUCUCUUUAACGGAGUCGAACAGUAGCCUUCAGACCCUCCUAUUAAACCUUUCCUCCUUUGCCACUACCUGCAUGAACCCCGAAGCAGUGUACGCUCAAAUCCUUGCAGACCCUAAGCGUGUGCUCAUUAUUUUUGAUGGGUUUGGCGAGUUGAGGGACUAUGAAAUUCUUCUCCAGACUCUGGAAAAAGACUUGACAUCUUCAUUGCAGAAAGACAGUAAAGCCCAGACAUACACAGUAAGACAGUUAUACUCUGCCAUCCUUCAGAGGGUCCUCCUUCCAGGUUGCACCCUUCUGCUCUCCACUCGACCAAGAGGCACUGCCAGCCAGCUUCUCCGGAGGACAGACAGCCUUUUGGAGGUUUGUGGCUUCACCCCCACAGACAUAGAGAUAUAUUUGUCUAGGUACUUCACUGACCCUGGUCUCAGAGCAUCUGCUUUGGACUGCUUAAAAAACUGCAGCUAUCUACAUCGCCUCUGCUGGAACCCUGGACUGUGUCGGUUGGUCUGCUUGGUUUUAGAACAAUGCAAAGGUUUAGAGGUCCUACCAAGAACUUUGACCGGGCUCUGCCAUCAAGUGCUUCGUCUGAAAAUGGAAAAAGAGAGCAGGAGCAAACACUCGCAGGCUGAUGCUCAAACCAAAAUAGCUGUACAAUCAGUAGAAAAAACCCAGACACAAAUCUCAAGUAGUUCUCAAGUUACGAGGGGUACUAAAAACACUCCGAAGAAGUCUAGAGCACAGGUUCGCACUUGCUCUCGCAGCCGAAGAGCGAGGGGGUCAAAAAAACAGGAGAAAGAGGAAGAUGACAGUGAUGGAGAGGGGAUGCAGAGUGUUGUCGGGGAAGUAGAUAGAACAGAGGACAGAGAGUUGCUGUCCCGGCUGAGUUCUUUGGCCUGGGAUGGGGUCAAAGCAAACUCCUCCAUCCUCCCCACAGGACGGACUAUAUCUGCCAAACUUAAGGCAUUCGGCCACAGGACAGGGCUCUUCUGCUCUUACCAUCUGAGGACGAGGCAGGUUGUCUCUAGUAGAGAGAGAGAGGAAGGAGGAAGAGUAGACAGAGAAGAAAUGGGAACACGAGAGGAUGGAGGAAAGAGGGGAAACAAGGGGAGGACGGACACUGAAAACGCUGAUGCCAGUGAUGACAACAUCCUGUUUUGGGCCAACCCUUUUCUUCAGAGUUACCUGGCAGGGCUCCAUUUGUCUUUGUCAAGGACUGUAACAGACCGGGCUUUCCUCCAGGCCUUACCUUUCCAGUCAGGCCAGAAGGGACGUCGGCGACCACAAAGGGAAGAGCUCGAGCUUACUCAGCGAUUUGCCGUUGGGCUUCUCUUCCAUAACAGGACAGAGCUGCAGUGGCUUCAGUCAUACACAGAGACAGCCUUUAGAGAUAUAGUGGCUGCCAAGCAGGCUUUAGUAACUAAACACCUUGAGGGUCUUUCCCAUGGUGACCUGAACCCUGCCCAGGUCCUGGAGGCAUGUCACUAUGUUUAUGAGGUGAGUUCCACACAUGGUGAUGCCAGCAGAAACAGUGGCAGCACGCGAUUAGUCGCUCACCUGGCAGCAAAUCUCCCAGAAGUCCUGACAUUUCAUGGAGUUCCACUCAAGCCAUCAGACGUGUUCGCUGUGCAGAACGUUCUUGAAAGGGGUGGAACUAAAGGUAGACGGUUCUGUUUGGAUCUGGAGGAUUCUGGGAUACAAAUUUCGGGACUCAAAUCCCUAGUGGGGCUCAACAACAUCAACACAUACAGGGCAUGCAUUGCAGAUGUCAUCACCUUAUGGGAGCAGUUAGAGCAGAGUGGCGAAGAAGGGCUCCUACAAGGGACGGUGUCCAAAUUCAAGAUCCACCCUCUGAAGGCCACACAGGUGUGUCACAUAGAGAACUUGGCAAAGCUGGUGAACAUACAUACGCACAAGAAGCUGUCGGACAGCCAAUCAGAUUCCAUCCUGGCCGAGGGAGUACCAGCUGUCAAAGAGCUACACAAGCUGGAAUUUGAACUUGGUCCAGAGAAAGGUCCCCUGGCUCUUCCCAAGCUGUGGGAGAUCCUGCCGGGUCUACAUAACCUACAGCACUUAGAUCUAGAGAACAGUAAGAUAGGAGACAAAGGGGCAGAGAAAUUGGCUGAGGCUUUAUUCUCACUUGGUUCCCUGGAGAUACUCAAUCUGUCACAGAAUUGUAUAGGAGACCAGGGGGUGACAAAACUGGCAACCACGUUGAGGGGCCUGUCCAAACUGCACUGUUUAAGCCUCUACAGUAACAUGAUUUGUGAUGAAGGGGCGGAGAGUAUAGCAGCUGUCCUGCCACACAUGGCUUCGCUCACUAACCUGGAUGUGAAGUACAACAAGCUUACAGCUGUUGGAGCGCAGAGCCUGGGAGCCAGUCUGAAAAAAUGUACAAAAAUGAAAACCUUGAGGAUGUGGAACCAGUGUAUUCCAUACGGAGUGUUUGAGAGACUUCAGCAGCAGGACAACCGGAUCCUUCUGCAGUAGAACGAUUUGAAACCUCCACCACAAGGCUAUGCACUUUUUACCAUGCAUCUCAGGCACACAUGUUUACACUACACAAUCCAUUUUCUAGAGAGAGAGAGAGAGAGAGAGCGAGAGAAAGAGAGAGAGAGAUGGAACUUUAACUGAAAAUAAUAAUAAAAAAUUGCUGCUUUUUUCAACAGUUCAAUAAACCAGAUUCUUUAAAAUAUUCUACUCAGUGACACAAAGUAAGACUUCAUCCUUCAGCCUUACAUAGUACUGCAUAUGUAUACUGUAUGUGUUUGUGUUAAUGCUUGGUACAAAUUUAAGAAGCACAUUUGCACUAUGUUACUUGUCUUUAUGUAAUUUUAUAGAUUUGUUGUAUUUCAUGUGCGUUGUUUCUUAAUGAAUAGUGUUUUUGUUUUCUCUCUUUCUAUGACUGUAAAUUAUACAGUGCCUAAC